UGGAGUGUGUGUUAAUUACUAAUCGCUGAUUGCACCAUUUAUUUGGUCUUCGGAAGGUGUCAGUUGUCUCCUUGAGGAAGUGGAGCUUAAAUAACCAGGCCAUGGAAGACAACAUUCACAUCCAUGCUUGGUCCUGCUCCUAUUAUCUCAACUCGGAGAAACAAUGGGUUCCCGGCAAACUCCUGCUGACACCAGUUUCGGUCAAAUUCACGGCGGACAAAUCCGGGGAGAUCCUGGCCAGCUUCCCGCUUUCCUCCAUCAGUGAGAUCAAGAAAGAAUCGUCCACCUUAAUCUUCAGCUCCCUCACCCUUUUGGAGAGAGACACCAAGCAUUGGUUCAGCUCCCUUCAACCCAACCGAAACGUGAUCUUCAAUGUGCUGGAACAUUUUUGGAGAGAGCAGCUCCUCUCCCCUGGGGGAGCCAGGCCGCAGGCGGCGUGCGCCCAGACCUCCAAGGGCAGAGAAUUGACCGGCUUGCUGGCGGGAUCCGAGAAGCGCCUGGAAGACACCGCCAAGGUGCUGGAGAACCAGGGCGAGCAGUUUGAUAACAUCAUGAAAGGCCUGGACAAGAUUGAGUCGGAGAUGGAUGUGGCGGACAG